AUGACGGCUUCAGUUACCGUUCAGAACAUGCCGCCUAGCGCUCAGAAUCGCCUUGGUAUGCGACUCGGAUGCUACGUUCUCUUUGCUCUUGCAACUAUUGCCAUUUUGAUAAGAGCAUAUGUUAGAUUAUUCGUUUCUCGAAAAAUAGGACUAGAUGACCUCCUCAUUCUCACUGCUUGGAUUGCUGAGACCGUAGCUAUCGUUGCAGUCAAAGAACAAUUCGAGUCUGGUAUUGGAUUUCAUGUUGCAGACAUCAUGUCAUUACCUAACGCUCCUGAUGUGUUGACCAAGAUGGUUUUGUGGCCUUGGGUUGCACAGAUCACCUACUUCUUCGGUCUUGGUUGCAUCAAAGCCAGUAUUGUCGCUCUUUAUCUUCGUCUCGCUGUCAAUCCAUUCCAACGAAAAAUCCUCUGGGUAGCAUUGAUCUUUGUUUUCUGCCAAGGUCUUUCAUCUGCUAUUACCGUGGCCGCUUUCCUCUGCUCACCCAUCAGUAUUGUCUGGACCGGUUCUCAUGGAGGUUUCGGAGGUCCAGCUUGUGUCAACAUUCUCGCAUUCAACUAUUACAACGCUGCAUUAUUUAUCGCCACAGACUUAGCGUUGGCUCUUGCACCGAUUGCGGUACUCAAACACUUGCAGAUGGACAAGAAGAAGAAAGCAUCUCUUGCUGUAAUGUUCAGUCUCGGUCUCCUUGCCAUCGGCGGCACAAUCUCCCGUCAAGUCACAAACGCCAUCGCAAUCAUCAACACAGCCGAUUUCACCUGGUACUGGGCCCCUGCCGAGCUCUGCUCCGUGCUCGAGUCCUCCCUCGGCAUAAUAUUUGUGUGUGUUCCCGCCAUGGCACCGUUGUUCAAAGGCGUCUUCGGCAACAUUGGAUCAUCGGGUGGGAAAUAUAAUAAAUACAACGAUGGAGAAAACUUGAAUUCUGAUCGACCUUCGACUUUUGGCAAAUUGGGUGGGAGACCGAGACUACGGCCUGAUGAUGAGAGUAUCUUGUGCCAGACGCAGAUUACGACGGUUGAUCCGAAGGAGAGGGAUGCUCAUGUGGAGGCGUAUGAGAUGGAUUUGAGGGAUAGCGGGGAUGCGAGUAGUGAGAGGAGGAUUAUCACGCCGCCGAAGGAGUCUCAGGUGAAGGUUGAGGUUGAGUAUGGUGUGAAGGAAUACUCGUCGAGACGAGCUAGUCGUGUUACAGUGAAGUGA